AGCGGUGGCGGCGGCAGCGCAGGGUAUUAAUUCUGGAUCUGAGGUCUCUGCAACAUUUGGUUCCAGAACGAUGAAAAAGGGGAGGGAUCGCCUGAGCCUGACUGACAGUUUACAUAAUGAGCUUGCGAGGACAUGAGGGCGUCCACUAUAUAAACAGCUCGAAGGGAAGCUUUCCAUUUACUGAGCGAGCGCUGCGAGCCCCGGCAGAGGAGGAGGAGGAGGCGGCCGUUCCGUGCGACACCCACCCACCCCCUGGCGCGCCUCUCUGCUGGGCUUUGGAGGAGUUGAGGGAGCCCGAAGUUGCCCGAGCCCUCGCCCACAGGAUUAAUCCCUUGCCCCGCCCACGUGGAUGGUUUCAGCCACCUGGAUUAUACCUUCCCAUUCGGACUGGGGAAUAUUUGGGAGGAAGAGCCGGCGCUCGAGGUGCCUGCAAGCGACGUCUGGGGAGCUCCAGCCCGCAGCAGCAGCAGCAGCAGCAGCACCCCCUUGGGCCACCUGAGGAAUACAAGGGAGCGCCGCCGCCACCGCUCAAGUCCACCCCGAGCCCAGCAAGCGAAGGCGAGGAUGGCAGCCUUGCGCCACUGGGGCUGGACCUUUGCCUUCACGCUCAUGCUACAGAGGGUCUCCGGCUCGGGCGUCUUCCAGCUGGAGCUGCGCGAGUUUGUCAAUGGCCAGGGCUCCCUGGCGAGCGGCGAGCUCUGCGCGGCGGGCUGCAAGACCUUCUUCCGCGUGUGCUUGAAGCACUUUCAGACGGUCAUCUCCCCGGGCGCCUGCACCUUCGGGAGCAUCACCACCCCAGUCCUGGGCACCAACAACUUCACCAUCCGAGAAACGGAGGGACUGGGCAGCCCCAUCAAGUUGCCCUUUAACUUCACAUGGCCGGGAACUUUCUCGUUGAUCAUUGAAGCCUGGCACGCUCCCGAAGGCUACAGCCCAGCAGGUGCCGAACUCCCCGCUCGGAAGUGGCUCAUCAGUCAGAUGGCGAUCCGGCGGUCGCUGGCGGUGGGCGAGGACUGGUUCCAGGACGAGCAGACGGACAAACGGGCCAAGCUGAGCUACUCCUAUCGAGUCGUGUGCAACGAGCACUACUACGGGGACAACUGCUCCCGCCUCUGCCGGGGCCGCGACGACCACUUCGGUCACUACAUCUGUGACUCUGACGGCAGCGUCGCUUGCAUGACCGGCUGGACUGGGAACUACUGUACCGAAGCUAUCUGUCAACUUGGUUGUUCAGAGAAAAGUGGAUUUUGCAAAAUACCAGGAGAGUGCAUCUGUCGUAGUGGUUGGCGAGGCCGUUAUUGUGAUGAGUGCGUUCCUCAUACAGGUUGCCGCCAUGGCACCUGUAAGAAACCAGGAGAGUGCAUAUGUGAUGAAGGCUGGGGAGGCCUCUUCUGUGAUCAAGAUCUAAACUAUUGCACCCAUCACAGACCCUGCAAAAAUGGAGCCACCUGCAUGAACACUGGCCAGGGAAGUUACACUUGCAGCUGCAAAGAGGGUUUCACUGGCACUAACUGUGAGCGGAAUAUUAGUGAAUGUGACAGUAAUCCCUGCAAGAAUGGAGGCAGUUGCACAGAUUUAGGCAAAGAUUACAAAUGCACAUGUGCCCCAGGAUAUGAUGGUGUUAACUGUGAGCACAGUGUCUUGACUUGUGCUGACACCCUAUGUUUUAAUGGUGGCAGAUGCCUCGAAAAUGAAAAAGAAGGCAGCUACAGUUGCCUUUGUCCUAUGGGCUUUACAGGAUCUAACUGUGAAAAAAAAGAAGACAGGUGUACCAACAAUCCCUGUGCUAAUGGUGGGCAAUGCUUUGUUUUGGGCCUGUGGCCUGUGUGUCGCUGCCGUCCUGGGUUCUCCGGUCAGAAAUGUGAGAUAAACAUCAGCAAGUGUUCCAGUAAUCCAUGUUCCAAUAGAGGCUCUUGUCAUGAUCUUGUUGCUACACAUGAUUACACAUGUACUUGCUUGCCAGGCUACACUGGCAGAAACUGUGAUGAUAGAACUAGAGAUGGUUGUGCCUCUGGGCCAUGCCAAAAUGGGGGAACCUGCUACGUUGGGCAUUACACUACCAGUUUUGCCUGCCACUGUCCUCCUGGCUUUAUGGGCAGCCAUUGUGAAUUUCCAGUGUAUAUUAAACCAUUUCCAUGGCUGGCCAUCUCCAUGGGAGUUGGGCUAGUAGCUCUUCUCAUAGUGUGCUGCAUGGUAGCUCUACUUGUCCGGCAGAUGCAGAGGCACCCAGAGCAGAAUUCAGAAACAAUGAACAACCUGUCUGACUUCCAGAAGGAAAAUCUUAUCCCUGCUUCUCAGCUUAAAAACACCAACAAAAACAAAGACCUUGAAGUAGACUGUGUGCUUGAAAAAUCCAACUACAAACCUAAGAACCAUACAUUGGAUUACAACCUGAUGAAGGAGCUGACAAGUAGAGAUGCUCAGGAAGAUAAAUACCAUAAAAGUGAAAAGUGUAUAGGAGAGAAAUCGCCUUUCUGGUUACACAGUGAGAAGCCAGAAUGUAGAAUAUCAGCGAUAUGCUCUCCAAGGGAUUCUAUGUACCAGUCUGUUUUUGUGAUAGCAGAGGAGCGAAAUGAGUGUGUUAUAGCCACAGAGGUAUAAGAAUGAAGGCUGCCCUGAUUGCACCUCAGAUUCGGAGAUGCCACAAGGUGGACAUUCCCACUACAUUGUUUACAAUUCAUAAUUGGAUUGGACUUGGAUUUUUUAAUUAUAUGCAAUGUGCUGCUCUCAGGAGGAGGAGAGGAUGAAAGUGGGUGAACUGGACAGACUGUGAAUUUAAAAGAUGCAACAGACCUUCUUGUUCCCUGUUCCCUUAAGUCUGAUAGGAGGAAUGUAAUUGAUUACAAGAAAGGGAGGGACAGAGAUGGCAUCUUUUACUAGCCUUUGAAUUACAUUGCUGCCAGUUGCUCAUGGACAUUUGCGUGACUUUCCAGAACUUCAGUCUUGGGAGAUGCCACUAGGUGCAAAAGGCACUCAACUAUCACAGAUGUAUACCAACAAUAAUGUGAGAAGAAUGAAUGAAGAAACAUUAUGCUAUGCAGAUAAUGGAUACAGAAUAAAUGGAGUCACCAUUUUUUCUGAAUUUGAAAGUGCCUAAAGAGAGUUUGAGAAUCUAGACAGCCCAAAUCAAGAUAUAUCUGCUUCUCCCCCACCCCUGCAGUACCCAAACAGUAUUGGCCAUGAGUGGCUGACAAUAUUUCCUGUUCCCUUUUUUAUGUAUUCCAGACCAUGUGAGGGGAGAUGGGAUAAAGGGAAGGUGGUUGUUGAAUUGGCAUGUUGUCUCCUAUGAGGAUGCUUUAGUGAACUGAGCAGAAAGUUGAGAUUUGGUCCUAUAUCUGAACCACAGGGACAUCCAUGGACUUAAACUGAAGAGACGGAGAAUACUGCCUCUAUUUCAUGAUAGGAGGAAGCUUAAUCCCUGGAAGCCUUACAAGUGCGUUUAAAAUCAAUCAGCUGUUUUCAUGCCCUUUGCACUACUAGUCAUCGUGAAUAGAAGUGUUUCUUCUUCAUAUGCAUUAGGGAGUAUUUGGGAUUUUGUAUUCAAUAACCUAAUCUGGUGCCACCACUUCAGUUCCAAAUAAUCUCAAAAUCUGAACUGUUAUUUUUUUUACAGUUAGAGAGGUGUUUAUAAGCCCUGCUCAUUUGUUUCCUGCUGCAGAGCCACCAUCAUUAUCUACAGUUCAAUUCCUUUUCCAAAUGUCUAACUGCAACUCAGCUACCAAGAAGACUUCAUGCAGGAUAUACUGUGGGGAAAAUAUUAAAUCUCUUGGUUUGUCCUGCUUUUUCAUUCCUUCACAUUGCUACAAGGAAAGGGAUAACCUUAAACCUUUUGAGUCCAAAGGAGCAGUUCUGAACUGGAAAACAGUGCACACAGACUCUUAUACAUUUACAGCAAUAAUAAUAGACAUUUCAGAUAGGAAGUGCUGUGAUGUUUGUAGUGAUAAACAAGUACUGUGGGAAAGCGAAUAUGGCGGAAGCAGAGAGAGGAAGCAAAUUCUCAUUCAAGGAAGCUUGGAUUGUGCUUUCUGUGGCGAAAGAGCAAUGUUCCUGACCUUGUAAAUCCUAGUGUUGGAUUAGUCCACCUACAGCCUUGAAUUGUACAAGCAAGAUCUUGCUUGGAAUGUUCACUACUGACCUGUUCUGACUAGUCAAGUCCAUUUUGAAGAUGACCUUCAAAAAUCAAUAAUAUGGUUUAUCCUAGUGUCUGUUUGUAGUUUAUUUUGAAGUCUAGAAUUUCAAUAAUUUAAAAAGAAAAUCAGAAGCACUGAACUUUCUAUGUUUUGUAACAUUAUUUUGUAUAUAAUGUAUAUUUAUAAUCAAAAGCAGAAGUGUAAAUAUGUUUAUUACUUUUCAUGUAAUGUUUUUAUGUGAUGACAAAGUUUGAAUUUUAUUUUUUUUCAGAUAAUGAAAAUACCUUCCUAUUAUUACAAAA